CAGAGCAAAAGUGUCUGUACCAUCACAAGUCUGUCAUUUCAAUUCCAUUUUCUUGUUCUAAUUUGAAUUGAGUUGAGUUGAGUUGAUUCGAUGGCAGAACCAGUGUCAAAGUCAUCGACUUCCAUGGUUCGAAACCGGGUCUCGCCGGCGGCGACCACCAUAACAGAUAUGAACGUGGACUCGCUCUCUCAGUGUGCCAGCUUCCUCAACCUCCAAGACGUCUCCAACAUGGCCAUGACCUGCAACUAUUUCAAAAAGGUCGCCUAUGCCGACCCCGUCUGGCGUCGUUUGUACAGGGAACAUUGGCAUCGAGAAAUUCCCGCCGCUGUGUCACAAAAAUUAGGAGCUCGGGAUGCAUAUCUAGCUAGGCGUAAGUCAGUUCUUCAGUUUCAGUUCAGUGAUCCAACCGGUUUUGACACCUAUACAGACUCGAAAUCUGUUGACCAUGUCAUGCUUGACAAAGAUACCAUUAUCUAUUCUCAGGGUCCAUGGAUAAGAAAGACACAGAUUAAUACCCCUUCACUUACAAGAGGUUCGACUGUCAUGCUCAAUGGACAUACUGCGAGAAUAACUUGUAUGAGGCUAUUUUCUGUGAAUGAAACACCUUUAUUUCGUAGAGAAGGCCAGAGCGAGGAGAAGUUUAUUGUGACUUCGAGUAACGAUCAUUCCAUUCGUCUGUGGUGGAAGGGAUCAUGCCACAAAUGUUUCAGAGGUCACCAGGGCCCAGUUACAGCACUAUCAGAUCAGUUGUUAGGUGAUGGAGUUGGGAACAUUUUGGCUAGUGGAGGGGAAGAUGGUACUGUUCGCCUUUGGUCACUUAACGCUGGUGCCAAACGCGGUCAGCAUGCUCUGCAGGCUACAUUAUGUGGGCAUGAGAAAACUGUAAAACUGAUGUCUGUGGCCAAGCACAAACCCUCUCUUUUGGUGACUGUGUCAAAAGAUUCAAAGGUGAGGGUUUGGGAUACAACUGUAUCAACGGCAGUUCGUUCAUCUAGCUGUGUGGGAAUGAUUUCUGUUCCCGGUACGCCUGUAAACAUAAAGUGUCAUGAAGCAAUGCUGUUGAUUGCUUCUGGUUCAUCUGUGACUGUCAUUGAUUUAAGGACAAUGCAGAGAGUAAUUACUGCAGCAACUCAUCAAUCAAAGCUGUGCUCAUUUGAAGCCCUUCCUGUACAAUACUUAAUCUGUGCAGGCAGCAAGGAUAAAGCAAUGCUGUGGGAUGUCAGAAGAAACCAUGUGAGGCGAAAUUCAGAACCGAUAGCUGAGUUGGAUGGACACCAUGGGCCAGUGAAUUUGCUGCACAUGGAUCAAUACAAAGUAGUUACCGCAGGCCGAAAGGAUGCUGCCGUGAAUGUUUGGGAGGCAACGGCUGGCAUCCAAACUAAUUCCUUACUAUGUGAAUAUGGUGACGAUGAAAAUGCUGCUCCGAAUGGUUGUUCUGCCCUGGCAGUGGAUAAAACUCGUAUUGUAACCGCCAGCUAUGGUCAUGGAAAUGGGCUUAUGCGUUUUCGGGAUUUCUAUCAGGCUACUUAUCCAAUGUAUGAACCAGAUGAAAGUCUUAUUGCUUCAAAAUUUUGGAAUUCAGAGUUUCACAGUGAUAAUUCUGAUGAUGAGGAAGUAGGUGGAGCAAAUUUUGCUGUUUAGUAUUAUCAAUGAGUCUGUUUUCUUUGUUAGUCUGCUUUUCAAAUAAGAGACCGGGGUUACAUAGCCAAAGGGUGCUCUGCUACUCACCUACAUCUACAUGGUUGGUUACUAGAAAUGGUUUAUUUUAAUUUACUGUUGAAUUCUGUAUGAACUAUCAUUAAAGCUUAUUUUAUGUUUAAGAAAGAAAGAGCAAUGAGUAACAUUUAUUAUGAUUGGAUUUCUUA